GUUUGAGUUGCCCCCGAACUCCUACAGCGCGGUCCUGAUGGUCCGAGUGAACACCUCGCUGGGCUUCCUGCCAGUUGGCGCAGCCACGCCGGAGAUCUUUGACAUGAACGCGUCAAUGAUCGGCACGGCUGAUGCUAUGAGGUACUCGCUCAGCUUUUCCCGGGUGCUUUGCUUGCUUGUGGUAUU